CCAGCGCAGGCGUUGACGUUACUGUCGGCUGGACCUGCGGAGGGAUUCUCAGCUGUGAUGGGUUCUCAUGAUUAGAGUAGUUUGGUCAGAGACUGGAGAGUUUCAGGUGUGGCCUGUCAUGAUAACUGUGACAAAAAGAUACCUGAAUAAACCUGCAUUUUAACAAACUAUUACUUGAGAUCGGGAAGCCCAGGGACGUAUCUGCCUUCAUGCAUGAAGCUGAGCUGUGGAUCAGCUUCAUGCCUCACAGACUUCAGCCUCACGCCGACACUUCCUGUCAAACCGAACCUAGCCUGCUGUCAGUCACAGCUGAAGGAGGAGCAGGAGUGUGUGGGAGCUGCUAACAGGACUUUGCGGUUUUUAAAGGAGGAUGAUGAUGUUGCUGCUGCUGCUGCUCAUUAACGUUUCCCAGCAUGCCCUAGCUGUGGUGGUGGAGGUAAAUGAGGGGGCAGAGUCUGUCCUACUGCCCUGUAAGUUCUCAGGUUUAAUACCUGAGGAUGACCCCACAGUGAUGUGGACUCACGAAGAUCUUUAUAACAAAUCUGUUCACCUACGACGAAAAGAAGGAGAUGAUCUUGGAGAGCAAAACCAACGUUACAGCGGGCGCACAGUUAUGAUGGAUGAUGCUCUGAAGACCGGAAACUUCAGCCUCACUCUGAGAAAACCACAACUGACUGACAGCGGCAACUACACCUGCUCCAUCGGUGAUGGAAGAGAAGAAAGGAGACUGAAAAAUGUACAGCUGCAGGUCAAAGAACGGUAUCCAUCCUGGGCCAAAGUUCUCCUGGUUCUCCUGGUUCUCCUGGUUCUUCUUGUGGUUUCUGGAGGUCUUUUAUUUUAUUUCCGACAGUAUUUCAUGUCAGGUGAGU